UUAGAUGGAAAAUCAUGACUUUUCAAGAUUGUCGUCGAAAUUUGGUGCUGAAUCGGUACCAAUAUUUACUGCGUUAAAAUUAGCUCUUCCUGGUAUUGAAGUAACAUAUUAUGGUAGUGAAAUUGGUAUGGAGGACAACAUGUAUUUGAGACCGGAACAAAUAAAAGAUACUAAUCUUGCUGGUCUUGAUCCAAAAUUGAGGAGACCUAGAGAUUACGAAAGGUGUCCCAUGCAAUGGGAUGAUUCGAGUAACGCAGGUUUCACUGAAGAGAAAAAGUCAUGGUUACCAGUAAAUCCAAAUUAUUACAAACUGAACGUCGAAACACAAAAAAAAAUACCAACCAGUAACUAUAAUUUUUAUAAAAAAAUGUCUCAACUUCGAAAAACUAAUUCGUUGAAAAACGGUGAUCUUCGGACGUAUAAUAUUUCUAAAUCGAUUUACAUUUUAAAAAGGUAACCAAAAUUAAAUACU